AUGAGUAAUACAAUAGACUCUAUACGACUAUCAAAUGAAAGUUAUAUCCGUGAAGAAAUGUCAUAUUUAUUUGGUAGAGAUCCCAGUAUUUUGGCAUAUGGACAGAGACCUUGUCCAUCGAAAUAUAAAAAGAAAAAUCUUCUUUCUGUAUAUGAAACAGAAGAAUUUGACUCGGCAGAAAAAACAAAAAGCGAACUUUUUAAUUCGCAGUCUUUAAAAAAAAUCAAAUUAUUACCAGAACAAGAAGAAGCUUAUAAAAUAACUAAUUCCACUACUUUGGUAACUAAGUUACCAUAUUUAGAAAAUAACAGUUGUUUUGCAAGAGGUAAAAGUAACGGUGUAGCAUGCAGAACAUAUACGUUCACUCAAAUAUUUGGACCAGAAAUAAUGCAAUUGGAAUUAUUUGAUCGAGUUAUUAAGCAACAAAUGGUAGAUUUCUUAGCUGGGCAAAGUUUUAACGUCAUGACUUACGGUAGAACAAAUUCCGGAAAGUCACAUACGUUGCAAGGAACAAUUACAUCACCUGGUAUCAUUCCACGCGCUUUAGGAUUCUUAUUUUCUAUUAUCACUCCAAAAUCUAUACCUUCAUAUAAACCUAUACAAUAUUGCGAUGCAAUAUUUCUUAAUUCUCUUGAGCAAGCUCAAGAGUUACAAGUUAAAACUAGAUUGUUAAGUUUUAUUGCGGUGGAUAAAAAUCAAUAUAAUAAUACUUAUAAGGAAAUGCAAAGUGUAUUACAAGAAGAUUCACUGUUGAAAUCUGACCAAUACAACAAUGCUCAUUAUUCAGUGUGGAUAUCUUUUGCUGAAAUAUAUAAUGAAAAUGUAUAUGAUCUUUUGACUAUUGACUGUCCAAAAAAGAAAGUACCACUACAACUAGCAACUGAUAAUCAUGGAAGAAUUUUUAUCAAAGGUUUAAAUGUUAUUUAUGUUAACUCUGAUGCGGAGGCAUAUAAAGUUUUAAUGACUGAAUAUAAUUUAAAAGUAGCCGCAACAGCUUUAAAUGCAAGAAGUUCGAGAUCUCAUUUUACUAUUAAACUAUUAAAGUAUUAUUCUGAAAAUCUAACAGAUUCAGUAGAUAUAAGCACGUUUUCUUCUUGUGACUUAGCUGGUUCUGAACGUUUAAAGAAGACUUUAAACAUUGGUGACAGAUUAAAAGAAGCGCAAAAUAUCAAUACGAGUCUGUUGGUCUUAGGGAAAUGUUUAAAAUCAAUUUAUAACGCUCAGUUAUCAAAAUUCAAAUCUGAGCCUGCGACUGGACCUUUCAGGGAAUCAAAAUUAACAAGAUUAUUUCAAAGAGCAUUAUCAGGGAGUGAAAAUAUUGCUUUAAUUGUUAAUAUUAAUCUCUUGCCAAAUCUUUACUUAGAAACACAAAAUGUAUUGAAUUUUGCAGCAAUUGCAAAAAAAAUAAUCAUAGAGCCUAAAAUAAAAAAUACGAAAAAAACACAUCAUUCAAGAUUUUCAAAAAUGGUUCAGAAAAGUAUAAAAAGUGUAACAAACUGGGACACUACAGAUUUAGAAAAUACUGAUGAUAAGAUAAUAUAUGAAAUGAAGUUAAUCUCUUCUGAAGAAUAUAAAGAUUUGUUACUAACAAAUAAACAAUUAAGAAAGGAAAUAACGAAUCUAAAAAAUAUGGCUUUAGCUCGUAACUUUGAAAUUCGGCAAGAAAUGGUAUACAUUUAUAUUACUGCCAUAAAAAAGCUUGAGAAUGAUUUGAAAUCUCAUGUAAAAGAUGUUGAAGAACAGCAAGAAGAUACUUUGCAAUGGUCAAUUAAGCAAGUUGAAGAAUUCUAUAAACAAAAAAUUAAAUUAAAUUGUCGAAAAAGGAUACGAUCUUAUUUAUCUGACGAAGAUAAUAAUGAUAAUGAGGAUGAAAAUAAUAAUAGUAAAAAUUCAAAAUAUAUUAAAGACUUAAAAUGUGAAAUUUCUCAUUUAACUGCUAAAUUAGUAUAUAUGGAAAACACUAUUAAUGUAUUACAAAAAAAUUAUAAAAUUUUGAGCAAAGAAAAACAUAAAACUGAAUUUCAAUUGAGCUUGUCAAAGGAAGAAUUAAAAUAAACACAAUAUUUAUUGAAUGCUGCUCAGAAAGAUCUGUGUCACGAAAAAAAAAAAAAAUAUUAUACUGAAGAGAUAAAAUCACAAUUAUCUUUUAAGAAAGAUCAUGUGAAGAAACUUAAAACUUUAUUGAACGAAGCAAAAGAAGAAUAUAUUACUAUCACAAAUGAUGCUCGACAAAAGGACAUUCAAAUUAAAGAACAUGAAGAAACGAUGGUAGAAUAUGGAGAAAAGAUAAACGAGAUGCAAGAACAACUCGAUCUAACUCAAUGCAGUCUUUCAGAGAAUACUAAAAUGAUUGAAAAAUUAGAAGAGAAUAAUCAAAGGAUGAAAUUACCAAUGCAACUUGAAAAAUUAUUCACAUUAUGCUGA